AUGGCGCCUGUAGAUCUUCACGAUGGGCUUACCAGCCCCGAUGCCGAGUCGCUGCGCUCAUUCACAGAGACCCUGCCAGAUGAAUACCACGAAUGGGUCACUGAGUCUGGAAGAAGCUCACGAAAUGGUCAAUUGCUGGACGAUUUUCCCCAACCGCCAACCCGGUUGAAGAAUUUAGACUCGAUUCACGAGGAAGAAGUACAUCCCACGCCCAAAGCGUCAAUCAAGAAUAUGCGCCGGCAUGCGACAACGAACGAUCUUCCUCUACUACAACAAAUGAACCCUUACAAUGGCGCAGAAGAAUUCAACCCCGUCAAUGAAGAAACAGGCUCUUACGAUCUCAUCGCACCCUACGAGGGCGGCGAUGCGCCUCUCCACAAACUCGAGCGACUGGCAGACGUGAUGUUUUCUGCGGAACAUAUGCUCACAAUUCUAAACAACUCGCGCUAUCUCGUGCGCUUCCGCGAGUUCCUGCUUGAGGAGCGCCCCCGCUCCAUCUCAACACUCACAUACUACCUUAAUGCAGCCAAGGCGCUCAAGGCAAUCCAAUAUGCCAAUGCCCUCGUCCGUCUGUCAGUUGAUGUGCCUCCGCCAGAAGUGCAUACCGAAGAAAACGCAGUCGGAAUCACAGCGAAUCAGGUCUUGGAGCGACGCGUUCAAGAUGGACUACUUGCACUUACGGCCGAAGAGCUGCCUGCCUUCGUCACGUCAAGGGGCAUCACGAUCACGAGUAAAAUCGUCGAAGAGCGAAUCCGCGGAACGUUACCUAUGAAGUUCCGUUCCACGUCAAAUGCGCUGGCGGAGGUUUUCUGUUUGACAGAUCCUUCGCGGCCUGAUAAUCCUAUUAUCUUCGCAUCUGAGGAGUUCCACAAUACAACACAGUAUGGCAUGGACUAUGUACUAGGCCGGAAUUGUCGCUUUCUUCAAGGACUAAAGACGAAUAAGAACAGUGUUCGUCGUCUUCGUGAAGCUAUCCAGGCCGGUCGACAUCACUCCGAGAUGUUCCUUAACUAUCGCCGUGAUGGCUCCCCAUUCAUGAACCUCCUCCAAUGCGCACCACUAUGCGACAGCCACGGCCGCGUGAAAUACUUCAUCGGCGCACAGAUCGAUGUAUCAGGACUCGCAAUGGAAGGAGCCUCAAUGGAGUCUCUGAUUGAACUGAAAGCAAAAUACCAUGAUCCUGACGUUGACGACGAGAGGGUUGUAGACGAGCCACCAAAAGAUGAGAAAGACGAGUUCCAGGAAUUGAGCGAGCUGUUCAGUCCCCGGGAGUUGUCCGCUGUGCAAGAACAUGGUGGACAUCUUUUCCAACCCCAGAAGAGUCUACUAUCUCCUAAACACCCUAUGUCAUGGUUGCAGCUUGGUGAAUCAUUGGAUAGUGAGACUGAGGCUAUCCGUUUGCGUGAUAUGAAAUCGCCCUUCUUCCGGAUAUCUCUGGCGGGUGUUUAUGAGAAUUACCUCCUCGUCCGACCAUACCCUUCCCUCCGCAUCCUAUUCACGUCGCCCUCCCUACAAAUCCCGGGCAUGCUACAAUCACCAUUCCUAUCGCGCAUAGGUAGUUCUUCGGCUGUGAAGGAUGACCUACUUCAGGCUAUGAUGGUUGGUCGCAGUGUGACUGCCAGAAUCAAAUGGGUUACUCGGUCGAACCCAGAGGGCCGAAAUCGUUGGGUCCAUUGUACGCCGCUCUAUGCCAGUAAUGGGCAGGUGGGUGUGUGGAUGGUUGUCAUUGUCGAUGACGAUGAAGAGACGGUUGUCAAGCGGCGUGCCUAG